AUGAAGAGAUCGUCUUUAAUACUGCUUUGUACGGUCUCGCUCGCGUCUGCCUUCGAUGGAGGAGUCUAUGGCCUCGGAUACUGGAAUGAGACUUACGCUUGGGAAGCCAAUCAAAACCCCAAUGACACAGUCUCAGUGCCCUUCCAGCUCGGUAGUCAGAAUUUCACCAUGCAAGUCAACAUCGCCGAGUUCACCCCUACUGGCCGUUAUGUGAACAGGACAGAGAAUGCGCGUCAAGUCGCGUCGUUUUAUGAUAUGUCCUGGUCCGGAGGUGUUAGUUUGAACGACACCAUCCAGUCCGCAUCGUCUGGAUUCACGGAUGCAGCUGUACCGCGACUCUGCAUUAGUGUCCCAUUGGGCCCUCUAAGCAGAUCAGCUACGAACAGUUAUCGGGAAAAUGACAACGGCGACUGCAGUCAUGCUUUUGGUUCGGAAUGCAUGAAUGACCUCAAGAAAGUACAGAGCGUGACAUACGGCUCAUGUGGUGCCUCAUGGAUGCCGAAAAGUUGCGUAGCGAAGUUUGGAGAUGGUGGUAUCGGAAGCACCAAUCUCAUAGGACCUAAUCGAUCCAACACAACCGACGAUGCCUUACGCCAGAGAUCUCCAUUAGAAGUCUCAUGGUAUCAGUCGGAAAUCUUCUCGGCUCCAAACGAGACUUACCUCAAACGUGAGGCUGAACGUCUGCACGCAGUGUUCUUCUCCGGAGCUUUUGGAGUUGUCCCUGUAUGUGCUCGUGUAAAUGUCACCAAGUUGGGCAAGACCAGUGAUGCGGUAUAUCAGGGUGAAGCUGGAUAUACUAAAUCAAGCAUGCUGCUCUAUGCAACGGCGGCUCUGAUUUCCGUUGCUUUUGUGCUUUGA